AUGUCCUCCCUCUCCGCCAUCAUGGCCCGCCGGGCCUUCCUGCGCCAGCAGCCUGUCCGCAGAUUCGUCACGCCACAGCCAUUCCAACGACAUGCCUCCUCCAAGGCCGCUGAAGCCGGUCUCGACAAGGGCGCCAAGAAGGACCCCGAGCUCUAUGUCCUUCUCACUGUUAUGGCCGGUGCUUUCGGAAUCGUCGGCUGGUACCUAGGUAGCACUCCUACCAGCGUUAGCUCUGAGAGCAACGUCCGUGUUGGUGAGAGCGGCUCUAUGCCAUGGGAGGUUGAUGAGAAGGAUUCCGAGAGCAAGGGCAACUUCAAGUACAAGUACCACCCCCACGGAGACAAGAGCAAGCCCCUCAAGGAGGCUCCCAGUGCUUUGAACGAGGUCAUCAUUCCAAACGUGACCCUCCCAGUUGACCUCCACGAACGAUUCAACAAGUACGGAAAGGAUCUCUAA